GCAACUUUCGAGCUUUAUGUUUUGGUUCAGUGUUAGCUGUUAGACACACGUUUUCUAGGUUAUAAUAGUGUCUUCGUAUAAAUGUUAUUGUUUAUGUGUUCCUCUUGUGCCCUCAACUUAUCAAGGCAAUUGUUCAAGUAGGGGUCCUGCAUGAUGGACCUGGUUUACAUCAGUGUUCUGAAAUCUUUUCUUAUUAGUAUUUUUUUAGGAGCGGUCACUGGUCAAUAUGCCCGAAAUACAGUUUAUUCAUCAUCAUAUCGUGGCCAUACUCCAAUAAGAUUGCAUCCAUGCGAACAGAGUUCAUGUUAUCCAAAUACAGGAAACUUGUUGCUGGGUCGAGAGGAUAGAUUACAUGCAUCGUCCACUUGUGGACUGAAUGGCCAACAGCGAUAUUGCAUUGUAUCUCAUCUGGAGGAUCCCAAAAAGUGCUUUUGGUGUAAUACAUCACCUAAUACGGAGAGCAAUCCGCUUCUGAAUCAUCGAAUUGGCAAUAUUGUUUAUAGGCAUCAACCUGGAACUCGCAAGAGAUCCUGGUGGCAGUCAGAAAAUGGUAAAGAAAAUGUGACAAUACAGUUGGAUAUGGAGGCCGAAUUUCACUUCACCCAUCUUAUCAUUGUGUUCAAAACUUUUCGGCCUGCUGCUAUGCUUAUCGAGAGAUCAUACGACUUUGGACGCACAUGGCAAGUUUAUCGGUAUUUCGCACAUAAUUGCCAGGAGAGCUUUCCGAAUGUGCCAACGCAUCCAUCGCGCAAGUUGACCGAUGUCGUUUGCGAAUCGCGAUAUUCGAAUGUUGAUCCUUCGACAGACGGUGAAAUCAUCUUUAGAGUUUUACCGCCAAACCUUCAUAUUGAUGACCCAUAUUCUCUGGAGGUUCAAAAUUUGUUGAAAAUGACAAACUUACGAGUAAAUUUUACAAAGCUGCAUACACUUGGCGAUGACUUGCUAGACAACCGGGAUGAAAUCCAAGAGAAAUACUAUUACGCAAUUACGGAUAUGGUAGUUCGUGGAUCUUGUUCUUGUUAUGGGCAUGCAUCACGAUGUCUGCCCUUAACAGGAGCCCCUUCCAAGACUGACAUGGUCCAUGGCCGCUGCGAAUGCACGCAUAACACUCGCGGUUUCAAUUGCGAAGUAUGUGAAGACUUCUUCAACGAUUUACCUUGGAAACCUGCUCUGGGAAAACAAACUAAUGCUUGCCGACGAUGCACAUGCAAUAAUCAUGCCUCAUCUUGUCAUUUUGAUGCUGCUGUAUAUGAAUCUACGGGAAAUGUCAGCGGCGGUGUUUGUGAUGAUUGUCAGCACAAUACCAUGGGCAGAAAUUGCGAACUGUGUAAACCAUUCUUCUACAAGAAUCCCAACCUUGAUAUUCAAGAUCCAGAAGUCUGUAAACCUUGCGACUGUGAUCCUAAUGGUUCGUUAGACAACGGAAUUUGUGAUUCAAUAAAUGAUCCCGCUUAUGAUACUGAAGCAGGCGCUUGCCACUGUAAAACCAAUGUGGAAGGCAGGCGGUGCGAUCAUUGUAAACGAGGAUAUUGGGAAUUUGAUGGACGCAAUCCAGAUGGAUGCAAGGCUUGCACGUGUAAUAUUCUUGGAACUUCGGAGACCAUGGGUUGCAAUGUAUUCACUGGUGAUUGUACAUGCAAGCGAUAUGUGACUGGGCGUGAUUGCGAUCAGUGCUUGCCACAAUAUUGGGGAUUGUCCGAUGAUCAAUACGGUUGCCGUCCUUGCGAUUGUGAUAUUGGUGGAUCGUACGAUAAUGAUUGCGAUGUUAUUUCUGGCCAAUGCAGAUGCCGAGAAAAUGUUGAAGGAAGAACUUGCAAUCGCCCUAAACAACAGUUUUAUAUAGGAUCUCUUGACAAAUUGCUUCAUGAAGCAGAAUUAGCUAAUUGUGUACAGAAUUGCCACGUCGUAAUUCGUGAACCGCACAAAGAUGGUACUUUAGCAUCGUGGACUGGAGUCGGUUUUAUGAGAGCUUCAGAAAAUGGUAUCAUUGAAUUUGAUGUUGACAAUAUUCAUAAAAGUAUGGAUUAUGAUGUCAUAGUACGAUAUGAACCACAGGUACCAGGUCAAUGGGAUAAUGUGACAAUAACAAUAAUAAGAACACAGCACCCAGAUCCAAACGGUCCAUGUGCCAAUGAAAAGAUAGGACAUGAUGUGAAGCGGCUUGUUUUACCUCAUACUUCACAUCAUGCAAAAACUUAUUUACCAGCAUGUCUGGAAUCUGGACAAGCCUAUAAAGUAAUUUUGGAAUUUAACAGGUUCAGUCCGAUAUAUGAUAAUGCUUUGGCUUCUAUCUUAAUUGAUUCGAUCUUGUUUGUGCCCCGGGCAGAAUCAAUACCAUUCUUUCAAGGAUCUACUUUGGCCGAAAACAGACGCCGUGAAUAUGAAAGCGCGGAGUGCCAUAAAUAUGCUUAUGAAGUUAGGGAGCAGAAUCCACCAGAAGUGUGUCAAAAAUAUCAAAACAGCAUAGGUUUUUAUACCUAUAAUGGUGCAUUUUCUUGUCAAUGCAAUGUGACUGGAUCUACCAGCAAUCUCUGUUCAGAAUAUAAUGGAGCUUGCCAAUGUAAACCAAACGUUGUAGGACGUCGGUGCGAUAGGUGUGCACCAGGAACUUAUGGUUUUGGCCCAGAGGGAUGUAAACCAUGUGAAUGUAAUAGCAUUGGCGCUGAGGACAAUUUCUGUGAGGUGUCAACUGGUCAAUGUAAAUGUCGCAAAAACACAUAUGGACGUCAAUGUGAUUUAUGCCAGCCGGGCUACUGGAAUUUCCCGAACUGUGAGCAAUGUAAUUGCAAUGGGCAUGCAGAUACGUGUGAUUCGCGCACCGGAGUUUGCGUUUCCUGUCGCGAUUAUACAGCAGGACGAAACUGUGACAGAUGCAUUGAUGGCUAUUAUGGGGAUCCUGUGUUAGAUCGAAAUAUUGCUUGUCGACAAUGCCCGUGUCCGGGUACUAUGGAUUCUGGUCACUCUUAUGCCUCUACAUGUUACUUGGACAGAAAUACCAAUGACGUAGUAUGCAAUUGUGAUGUUGGCUAUAGAGGUGCCCGUUGUGAUGUAUGUGCGGAAAAUUACUUUGGACAUCCAGAAACUCCAGGAGGCCGUUGCGAAUUGUGUGAUUGCAGCAAUAAUACAAUUAUCAAUACUGCUGGUAAUUGUGACCCUAUGACAGGAAUAUGCUUGAAGUGCAUGUAUGAUACUACUGGUGAUCACUGUGAAUACUGCAAAGAAGGAUAUUAUGGUGAUGCCAAAUUGCAAAAGUGUGAAGAAUGUAAAUGUGAUAUGUUGGGCACAAUUAGAUCUGAACAGUGCAAUAGAAUAAAUGGUCAAUGCCCUUGUUUGCCAAAUGUUAUGGGAAAAAAGUGCGACGAAUGCAUACCUGAUCAUUGGAAGAUUGCUUCUGGUGAAGGCUGUGAACCAUGUAAUUGUGAUCCCAUUGGCAGUAUUUCGAGUCAAUGCAAUGUGUACUUGGGAAAUUGUGAAUGUAAACCAGGAUUUGGAGGAAAACUUUGCAACCAAUGUCAAGCAAAUCACUGGGGUGAUCCUAACAUUCAUUGUCAAGCAUGUAAUUGCGACCUGACCGUGUCGGUCUCGGAGCAAUGCGAUCAUCAGACUGGCUCGUGCAUAUGCCUUCGUGGAGUUGGCGGACAUAAGUGCGAGAGGUGCGCUCGCGGCUAUCUCGGCAACCCUCCACGGUGCGAUUCGUGCGGCGAAUGUUUCGAGAAUUGGGACCACGUGCUCGAUGAACUUAAAAAUCAAACUGCGGCAGUGAUUGCUGAAGCUAAAAAUAUUAAGACUGUUGGGGCUACUGGAGCGUAUACAAGUGAAUUCAAAACUAUGGAAAAAGAAUUAAAUGAUAUUGGUGAAAUGCUUCAAAAUGCUUCAAUUAGUUCCAAAAUUGUAGAAGAUUUGGAAAACAUUGUUGCUGAUCUGAGGCAAAGGCAUAAUACAUCAUUGAAUAGUCUGCAAGAUACAAUAUCUGAAGUUGAUAAUACUGCCCAUGAAAUCAAACAAGCUGGAUUAAAGUUAGAUUCACUUAAGUCGAAAGGUGAUGAACUGAAAGAACAGGCCUCUAAUUUGAAACGUCAUAAUACACAGUUGCAAGAAGGUAUUAUUGAAGGAGCUUUGAAUCUUACAUUGGAAUCCAAGUAUAGAGCAGUAUUAGCAGAGGCAAACGCCCAAAAUGCUCAGAAUGCGCUGGCUGAUUCAGAACGCCAAUGCAAACGUACAGAAGUUCUUGUGCAGAGAGCUGGGGCGAUGUAUAAUAAUAGUAAAGCGCAGAACAAAGAUAGUUUAAAUGAACUUGAAAAUGAGAUGACUCUUUUGCAAUCUAACAUAGCAGAUUUGAAUGAACGUAUCUGUGGAAUGAGAAGUGAACAAUGCGACACGCUGUGUGGGGGCGCCGGUUGUCCUUUUUGUGGUGGAAUAACUUGUGAAAAUGGUGCUAUGAAUAAGGUAGAGCAGGCUCUGGAUUAUGGAACAGAUGCUGAAAAUAAAAUUCGCGAAAAGGAACGCCAAUCUGACACAUUGUUGCGUAAUCUAGCACAAGCUAAAAAUGAUGUGACUGAGGCAAAAGAGAAAGCUAAGAUGGCAAUGAAAAGAGCGAAUGAAAUCUAUACAAACACAGAGGAAAUUUUGAAACAAGGAUUAGAAAUAUUGAACGAUGGCAAAGAUGCUUUGGAUAUGGCUCAUUCAACUCCGUCGGAAAUUCGUUCAUUGGCAAAUGAGACUUUAGGAAUGAAUAUACAAUUAGAACCAGCGCAAAUUGAAGAGCUUAGCACGAAAAUUACUUCGACUGUGAAGGAUCUAACUGAUAUUGAUGCUAUUUUACAUGAUACUGAAAAUGAUCUCAAAGAAGUUGAACAAUUGAAGAACCAGAGUUUAGCUACAAAGGAGACAUCAAUGAACGUCUUGCAACAAGUGAACUCGGUUGUUGACUCGUUGCGCGAAGCGAAAGAAGCACAAGUUUCAGGCAAAAAGGACAUGGAACUCGCUAACAGUACUAUCCUUGCCGCGCAGAACUUACUCGAUGAGAUUGCUCAAAAAUCGAUAUCAGCGCAGCGUAGUGCUAAUGAUACAUCGAAUCGUGUACUAUUACUGAAAAGCCAACUUGCUUUGCUUCAGCAAAAUUUUUCUAAAAAUGACAAAGAAACUAAAACUUUGAGGGAUGGCGCUAAGAAAGUUCUAACCAUAGCCGAAAAAGCAAAAGAGGAUGCCGAAGAGCUAAGAAAUAAGCACCAAGAUGCUGAAGAGUUGUUAAGAAAAAAACAGAAGGAAUCAUCUGAAACACAGAAAAAAGCAAAUAAUUUAUUACAGAGAGCUGAUAAUCUUACAAUUGCAACUAAAAACCAUUUGCAAUCUUUACAAAACAUGGAUGCUGCAAACAUGAAUAAUACUAGUAUGAUGGAACAUUAUAAAAUAAAAAUAAAUGAUCUUCUAGUGGUAAUAAACACUCAAUUUGAUACCAUUAAGAAAAGAUCUGAGCACUAUAGAUCAUGCUAA